CUCACAUAGAUUGACAGGACUUUGGUUCGACUCGCUGUUGGGAGUUUGCUCGCCACGCAAAUAAGUUACAGAAUUAAAAUUAAUUUAUUUUUAGGGAGUGUCAGUGCGAGGAGUCAAGAAGUUUGUGGAGCCUUUGAAUUCCCCAUUGCAUGAUGUUGUUUUUGAGAAGUCUCCUACUUGCCUGCUUGACAUUUGUUGUUGUCAGAGCGAACGAGGCUGAUGAAUUUGAUCUUAGUGAUGCUCUCAGUGAUGAUUCCUAUGUGCCAACAGAUGAUAACGAUGGAUUUGAUCUUAAUGAUGCUCUCCAAGAUGAUACUAUUCAACCCCGAGAUGAUAACGAUGGAUUUGAUCUUAAUGAUGCUCUCCAAGAUGAUACUAUUCAACCCCGAGGGAAGGAUGAGUUUGACCUUAGUGAUGCUUUGAAAGAAAACCCCAAUGGUGCCCCAGAGGCUGAUGGAUUUGAUCUUAGUGAUGCUCUUGACGACUCUAUUAAGCUAACAGCAGGUGGUGAAUUUGAUGAUUCUGAUCUUGAAUAUGUCAAAAAUAGUGGUUAUGAACCUGACAAGACCAACUCUAAAGGCCAGGACCCACCAGGCCAGCAGCCUCCAGAAGCGACUGACCUCUUCAGUGACCUCCUGAUGACCAUAUUAGGCGGGACAUCAGAGCAGUUUAAGAAGAUAUGCUUCAGUUUACUGGAAAUGUUGAAUGAUCUGUAUAAUACUCAACAGGACCAGUGAGAAGAUGCUCGGGUGUUGAACUUCAUUUCCAACACUUCCCACUGGAGUGGAGCUGAUAUACAGGAUAAAUGAGCAACAGUUCAAUCUAUGUCACCUCCAUAUUAGAACCAAGGUCACUCUAACUUCCAACACUGAGCUGUAUAACUCCAGUGAUGCUUGUAUUCAGAAGCCAAGUUACAGGUCACUGUCACCUUGUUGGCUGAAUCCUCAAGAGGAUGGACCUUACACUAAACAUCUCAAAACAUUAGUUCUCUGCCUAUGUGUCCCCACUGUAUAACACAGUCCUCUGGCAAUAAAGGUCUACAACAAAAUCCUGGAAAAUAUGGACUGCUUCUCUGCAAAAUUCUUCAACUGACCAUCUGAGGAAAAGUGUGUUUGAUGAUCAGAAUCAGAAUCAUAUUUAUAAUCACUGACUUAGAUGACAUGAAAUUUGUUGUUUUGCUGCAGCAGUACAGUGCAAAGACAUAAAAUUACUACAAGUAACAAUAAAUAAAUAAAUAAUGUCAACAAAAGGAAUAACAA